AUGCCAGUCUCCUCCGUCUUGGCCAGCCCGGCCUCCCAAAUGAUCCAGGCAUAUCUCAAUAACCCGCGCCUGUCCAACAUCAAGAACAUCGUCUUCAUUAUCUUCGUCUACAAGCUCCUCUCCUUCCUCAAUACCACCUUCCUCGUCCACGGACCCAACCGCACAUACCGGGAGGUCAAGGCCUACUUGGCUGCUCUCGCCUUCAGAUGCGCCAAGAUGGUCCCUAGUGUCAGGAACAAGUUAGAGACUGAGCUCGGAAAGGCUGCUAAGGACAUCGAGGAUAAGGUCGCACCCCAGGAUGACAACUUCCCCCGUUACAUCACCUUGCCCAAGCACGGAUUCUCAGAGGAGAUGAUGAACAAGGAGCUCGCCAGAUACAGCGAGUUGCCUCACACCCGUUGGGAGGAGGGACGUGUCUCUGGAGCCGUCUACCACCACAACAAGGUCCUCUCGGAUCUCUCUGCUCGCGCCUACAGGACAUUCUCCAGCGCCAACCCCCUGCAUCCCGAGGUCUUCCCCGGUGUCAGAAAGAUGGAGGCUGAGGUCUGCGCCAUGGUCUCUGCUCUCUUCCAUGCUGGCCCCGAUGCUGGAGCCGUCAUGACCUCUGGAGGCACCGAAUCUAUCUUGAUGUCCUGCAAGACUCACCGCGAGUGGGGCAAGGCUGUCAAGGGCAUCACCAAGCCUGAAAUUGUUGCCCCUGUCACCAUCCACGCUGCAUUCGACAAGGCUGCCGACUACUUUGGCAUGAAGCUGAUCCACGUUCCCAUCGACCCCGUCACCAUGCAGGCCGAUAUGAACGCCGUCAAGAAGGCCAUCAACAAGAACACUGUCCUCUUGGCUGGAUCCGCCAUCAACUACCCCCACGGUGUCAUGGAUGAUAUUGUCGGAAUGGGCAAGCUCGCCAAGAAGCACAACAUUGGUUUCCACGUCGACUGCUGCUUGGGAAGUUUCAUGGUUGCCUUUGCCGAGAAGGCCGGCUACAAACUCCCUGCUUUCGACUUCCGUGUUCCCGGAGUCACCGCCAUCUCGUGCGACACUCACAAGUACGGAUUCGCCCCUAAGGGAUCUUCUAUCAUCAUGUACCACAGCAAGGCUCUUCGUCGCUUCCAGUACUUCAAGAAGGGUGACUGGCCUGGUGGAAUCUAUGCCUCUCCCUCGAUUGCCGGUUCCCGUCCCGGAGCGUUGAUUGCCGGAUGCUGGGCAUCAAUGAUGCACAUUGGUGAGGAAGGCUACAUUAAGGAGGCCAAGCACAUUAUCGGUGCCCAGAUCAAGGUCCGCAAGGCGAUCGAGGCCAUCCCCAGCUUGUAUGUGUACGGUAGCCCUAUGACGUCGGUCGUUGCCUUCAACUCGAAGAAGUACAACAUCUACGAUAUCAGCGACGAGAUGUCGAAGCGCGGCUGGCACUUGUCUGCCCUCCAGAACCCUCCUGGUGUCCACUUUACGUCGACGAUCCCCUCUGCCGAUGCAUCGGACGAGUUCAUUACCGAUCUCCAGGAGGUGAUGGCUGAUUUUGAGGCUGGUAAGAUCACCGAGAGCGGCUCGACUGCCGGUAUGUACGGUAUGGCCGCCACUGUUCCCUCGUCCGUCGUUGCCGAGGUUGCCGGAGCCUUCAUCGAUGCCCUCUACAAGCCCUAA